CAUAUUAUAAAUCCUCCAGUUUCAUUAAGUGUUUGGAAUUUCUUGACUAGAUUAAUAACUAUUAGCUUCUCAAGACGGACUGUUGCACAGCGUUAAAGAAAGUCCACUUAACUUCUAGUGACUUUUGUCGAAAACUAAUUUCCGUUGGUAUCACUAAUGUGCAUGUUUGCUCAUAACACGUUACAUCAGACUUUGACCCCAGUAUUAGCAAACCACGUGCACUUUGUACUAAGCUUUGCAUCACAACCUUUCGACGCUUUCGACCAAUUAAACUGAACGCAGAACCAGUUGCUCAUUGAAGUUGGAAGGGUCGAUGUUGCCAUGGCUGCACUAACCAAAGGAGUUUUCAUUGUAGCUGCCAAGCGAACACCAUUUGGAACUUAUGGUGGAAAGUUCCUGAAGAAAAGUAUAACAGAUCUGCAAGAGGUUGCAAAUAAAGCAGCCAUAACAGCUGCUGGACUGAAGCCUGAACACAUUGACUCUGUCGUCAUUGGCAAUGUUAAUGCAUAUUCAUCCUCAGAUGGUGCAUUCAUGGCACGACACGCUGCACUGCGUGCAGGCAUACCCAUUGAGCGUCCAGCUGUCGCUGUGAACAGACUGUGUGGUUCAGGCUUCCAAGCUGUAGUCAGUGGGGCACAGAACAUUUUAGUAGGAGACUCAAGUGUGGUGCUGACUGGUGGCACAGAAAACAUGAGUCAGUCUCCCUUUGUGGUACGAGACACAAGGUUUGGAACAAGCCUUGGCACACCACUGCAACUGGAAGAUUCACUGUGGGUUGGCCUCACUGACACCUACUGCAAGACUCCUAUGGGACUAACAGCAGAGAACCUGGCUGAAAAAUACAGUAUCCCUCGAGAAGAGGUUGACCAAUUUGCUCUUCGGUCUCAGACCUCAUGGAAGAAAGCUCAUGACAGUGGCUACUUUAAGGAGGAACUUGCUCCUGUUACAAUUAAAGUGAAGGGAAAGGAGGAAGUUGUUGAUGUGGAUGAGCACCCCCGACCCCAGACCACACCUGAGGGACUGGCCAAGCUUCCAACAGUGUUCAAGAAGGGUGGAGUAGUCACGGCUGGAUCUUCAUCUGGUAUCUGUGAUGGGGCAGGUGCUGUUAUUCUUGCUAGUGAAAAAGCUGUCAAUGAGUUGGGACUAAAACCACUGGCCCGUCUUGUAGCAUACAGCAUUGUUGGGGUAGAGCCCACUAUCAUGGGCAUUGGACCUGCUCCAGCCAUUCAGAGGAUUCUGAAGAUCUCUGGAAAGAAACUGAGUGAUAUCGACUUGGUUGAGAUUAAUGAAGCCUUUGGUGCUCAGACACUGGCAUGUCAGAAGGAACUGAAACUAGACCUGGAGAAGCUGAAUGUGAAUGGGGGAGCCAUUGCACUGGGACAUCCCCUUGGUGCCUCAGGAGCACGCAUAACAACACACCUCGUGCACGAGCUUAGGAGGAGAAAGGCCAAGUUUGGCAUUGGCUCCGCAUGCAUUGGAGGAGGGCAAGGCAUAGCCGUGCUGCUUGAGAGCAUCCAGUGAGCGGACUGUAUUACCAACAGCACACAGUGUUUGCACAGUAAUCACUUGGCCUUCGACAUGAAACUGUGACACAUUCACAGUUUAUACAUUUGGGAUAUAUAUAUAUAUAUACAUAUAUAAACAGCUACUAAAAUUGACCUUUAUAUUGUAGACUUGUUGCGUAUGGCACCUCUGUAGUCUCAUAGGUGUUUAGAUACAUUUUACAGGAAUUUGCUGACCCCCAAAUUCGGUACAGAAGUGGAGGCAGUAGGUUCCUCCAAAAGAAUGGUAACCAUCUAUCAGACUGCAGGAUGUCAUAACCAAGAAAGCCACAGUCUAAAAUUUCACCACCACAAAACUAUCAUAUCUCACAUAAAACUGACGUUGCCCAUAUAUUGCCACUUUCAAGUGAUGUUACAGAUUUGCUCAGUUUGUGGAAAUAAACUGAUCAGAUACAUAUUAUUGAGCUUCCGACAGGAAACAAGCUAAUGUGGCGGGUCGUAUGGAUAUGAGACAUUAGCACAAAGAUUGAGCAAAACAGGAGGUGGACUAAACUAAGCUUUCACAUGGGUAUAAUAAAAUCUUGAGCCACACAAAUAAACAAGUUCACCACCAACAAAGUAUUUUAUAUAUAUUUUGAUAUUUUCUACAAGUAAAAAUUUUUCUUGUAUGUACAAACACAGUUUGUAAUAAAAUGCUUCCAAACUAUACAAUU